AUGGCUAGCUCCGGACCUGUAUGCAACACCUUGGGGGUGAACAACUACAGUAACCCCUUGCAUAUCGCUGGUCUGUUCGUGAUUCUCUGCGGAGGUUUCCUCGGCGCCUUCCUGCCAGUUGCUGCCAAGCGUUACCCGUGGCUGCGAAUCCCUGGUAUGGUUCUCCAGCUUGGUCGUGCUUUCGGUACUGGCGUCGUGAUCGCCACAGGGUUUGUGCAUAUGAUGCCGCCUGCCUUGGCAAACCUGAGCGACGCUUGUCUGCCGGGGUUCUUCACCGACACGUACAACUCGCUUGGAGCGGCGAUCGCGCUGGGCGCAGCGCUCUUCAUGCAGUUACUCGAGUUCAGCGGGCGAGUUUAUAUUGGACGCUACAUGGAUCGAAUUAUUGCUGAGCACGCAGCGGCUCGAAAAGCGCUGGCGUUUUCGGCGAAACAAGCGCACGCUCAAGUGCCUUCGGAGGAAGGCACGCUCGCAGCGCUUGCGCCCGACCCCGAAGCCGGCACACUUCAGGGAGCCAGCGCUCUGCAACCAGACAACGCUGAAAGCAUUCAGCCGUCACCAGGCUCUGAGUUGUGCGCCUGCGCGGUAGAAGAGCCGGUUGUGAAAACGCAAUUAAUGCACAGCGAAGGUUCGGCGCUUUGCUCCCUAGCACUGAGCGACGAGGAUCGCUCGGAUGAAAAGAAGCUUCUCGAUAAGGCAGAGCUGCGCAACCUGAAGCUCAUUGUGAUUAUUUUCGAGUUCGGCGUCGCUGUGCACUCGGUCAUCGUGGGGCUGGACUUUGGCGUCAGUACUGGACAAACGGCGGUGACGCUCUUUGCUGCGCUCAUUUUCCAUCAGUUUUUCGAGGGUGUGGCGCUCGGAACGACGAUUUCCGAGGCCGGUUUCGCCUGGUGGCUCGUCAUGCUCAUGGUGAUAUCGUUUGCGCUCGAGACUCCAGUUGGAACCGCGAUCGGCAUGGGCAUUUCGCGGGCCUACAACCCGAACUCGGUGGCCUCGCUGGUGAUCCGCGGCGUUCUCGAUGGACUCUCCGCAGGUAUCCUAAUCUAUACAGGUCUGGUGGACCUGUUGACUUACCGGUUUACGCUGAACACGGAGCUCCAUAAGCAGCAGCUAGUCUGGGUUGUUCUGACGAUCGCGUUCGUCUGGGCCGGGGCCAUCGGCAUGAGCAUCAUUGGGGCUUGGAUCUAA